AUGGGCUACUUUUCUAAUCAAAGCAUCAGAACUACAUAUCAAAUCUCCAACAUAUCUCCGGAGGGGAUUCCUCUGAAUUUACAUGUCAAAAGUGCUCCUUGCAAUUUCAGGCUGAAUGUUCCUCCCCGAAGUGCUCCAACCAGUGGUCCCUCUAGUCCUGCUCUUAGCCCACAACGGUUUAGAACCGUAGAUCAUUUUCAUUCCUCUUUUAUGAUUCCUCAAGAAGCACAGGUUUCGUCUACUCUGGAGAUUCCAGCUUCUGACAAGCAAUUUGGUUCUCCUUGCCAAGUGUCUCCAGGAAGACAUGCAUGGACCCCUGAUCAUUCUCCACUUCACAGCCCAAAAUUACAAAAUGCUUCUCAAAAAAAUCUUACCAGUUCUACGUUUCAUUGCCAACUUAUGUCACUCCCUGAAAGCUCUGUUGGACGGCCUGAAGGUAGUAGUCAUGCCAAUCUCCACCCAUUACCUCGUCCACCAGGAGGUCUGAAGCCAUCACAAUCAACUAUGACCUGCCAUGUUACGGAAAAACAAAAUGUUUCAUCAAUGAAAAGUAAAUGGUGGAAAGGAAAACUCAUUGGACGUGGUACUUAUGGCAGUGUCUAUGAGGCAAUCAAUUGUGAAACUGGAGCUUUAUGUGCAAUGAAAGAAGUUGAUCUUAUCUGGGAGGACCCUAAAUCUGUAGAAUGUAUUAAACAAUUGGAGCAGGAAAUGAAAGUUCUCCAGCAUUUAAAGCACCCAAAUAUCGUGCAGUAUUACGGCUGCGAAGUGGUUGAGGAUCACUUUUGCAUAUAUCUGGAAUACAUUCAUCCCGGAUCAAUAAAUAAAUUUGUUCGUGAACGUUAUGGGGCUAUCACAGAAUCUAUAGUUCGUAAUUUUACCCGCCAUAUUGUCUCGGGGCUGGCUUAUUUACAUAGCACGAAAACGAUUCAUAGGGAUAUUAAAGGGGCAAAUUUGCUCGUUGAUGCAUCUGGCAUUGUCAAGCUGGCUGAUUUUGGGUUGGCAAAACAUGGCUAUAAAUUUUGGCAUGGAUGCUAUGAUGCCGUAAAAAUGGUAGACAGCAACUGA